GGCAUUGAAAGUAAGCACAGUGACGUCAUGGGUAAGCCCCCCCCCGCCCACGUGUUCCGGUGUCAAGCCGGAAGCAGGAAGUGGAGGCGCCCACGUGUAGCCAUGGAGGCGGACGCGUGGCUGCUGGAGUCCAUCCUCGCCUACAAGGAGCUGCACAUGUUCGAUCUGCAGGAGCCCACGAGGACCAUUGAGUGGGUGGACGACAACAGCGUGUGCGUCGCCGGAUUCAACUCGGAGAAGAAAAACGAGAUCCUUGAGCUGGGGCUGCCACAGAAACUCCUGCCCAAGGAGAAGCAGGGCAUGUGUCCGGAGCGCGACUUCAAGGUGGUGCACGGAGGCUUCUCGAACCGGCCGGUGUACCGUUUGGAGAGCGUUCGGGGUACCAGCUUGCUGCUGAGCAGCGGACCUUCGGACAACUCCGUCCAACUCUGGCAAAGGGGAGGAGACGACACGGAUGUCGUGAGGAAUGUGGGCGAGAUCCACAACAGCCGGAGAGAGCAGGAGUGGAGUCACAUGUGCUGCUCAUCGGACCAGCUCCUCCUGCAUGGGUCCAGCAUCGGCACCGUCCAGACCACGGACCUGCACACGCGACAAGCCACCUUCUGUCUCGGCGACGCCGUCAUCGAGGGCGGCGCCGGCGGUGGCCUCCUGUGCGCGCUGGCGUUCGUGGACGGCGGCCGCACACUGCUGGCCUGCGGCGACGUCGGCGACCUCUGGCUGCUGGACGCCCGCUCCGGCCGUGUGGCCGCGCACGCUGCACCCUCCCCGGGCCCCCGUUGCGCCUGCGCGGCCGCCUCGGACGGCGGCCCCUCCGGCGGGCAGGCCGGGCGGCCGGGGAUCCGAGUGGCGAGGUUUUGGGCAAGCGGGCGCCUGGCCGUGUCCGACGCGAGGAACCUGGAUCGAGUGGUGGCCGCCACCGCCGCUUUGGAGAGCCCUCGCCGGAAGAGCACGACGGCGCCGCAGGAGGCGGAGGAGCCGCUGCUCUGCGUCAGCUGGUCACCGACUGCCCCGGAGCACAUCGCCCUGUCCGGAUUUGGCGGAAUGGUGCAUAUUUAUGACACGACAUCCUGGACGCCGGACCUCGCCCCCGCUCGACCGUCAUUCAUCCACAAAGGUCACACGGUGGUCGAGGGCGAUACCCGCGACGCGCAGGUGACCCAGCACGCCUGGCACCCGUGGCGGGCCCGGACCCUCCUCUCCGCGGGAAACGAUGGCUCCCUGCACGCCUGGGAGUGGGCCCUGCCGUGACCACGCCUCGCGCACGGCAUUCCAUUUCGCUCAUAAAUAAAGGGGAAGGGCUACAGUUUCGCGGACCAAAAGCAGACAUUGGAACCGGCUAAAGUUUAAAAAUGUCAUGGGUACCUGCUUUACUUGCGUGGUUGAAUGAGAGUGGUUUACAGGGACUCCUCUACUUACGAACAUUAUACUUACGAACUUUCAGAGACGCGAACAAACCUGGUCCGUAUGUCCAGUUGCCUGUUUGGACCGAGAGUCGUAAGUUCAACCGCCGCGCAAUAGAUGGCGGUGGUGGCAUCUACAUCUGCAGAACGUGAAGAACCAGUGGCAUCUACAUCAACAGGAGAUUAUACAACUUUUAAUGCCAUUCCCCGUGUUGAGUGUACAUGCCAAUGUAGGACAUGUUUAGAAUCGACAGGAGUAAAGUUGAACUUAAGAAGAGACCUCUGGAACCUAACUCGUUCGUAAGUAGAGGAGUCCCCUGUAUAUCAUGACCCCACUAAUUUCAAGUGGUUAUCACAUAAUUCACUAAUGUUGGCCGCACGCUGGAAUUGGACUCUGCUAAAGUUGUGGCUCUCAGGUGGCACUGCACAAGUUAAAUAUCAAGUUUGGCUCAGUCUAGGGGGGAGCAGAUGCUGCGAUGGCAGUGUGGGCAGAUCUUGGGGAGGUCGCUGCGUUGUCUCCUGUGUGGCAGCUGUGCGAGCUGGCGGAGGGACAGCAGGAACACGUUUGGCAGCGAGGUGUGGUGUAGCAACCCCCUUUUUGCCGCAAUGAUGUCUCGAUCCUGUACAUAAAGCUCGUUUUGUAGUAAUUUUGUUUUGCCUUGCUGUGAAUUUUAUUAAAGUGUGAUUUUUUUUUUAAUGAA